UUCUCCCGGUGGGUCAUCUUCAGCAGGUCGUCCUGAAAUGAGACGCAAAUAGCAGCAGCUGGGAGGUUUGAACUCUCUCUGGACGUUUAAAUGUAGGUCAACACGACCCAGCCGCUCAGAUUAUUUGAGCCCUCUCAGCCUCCAUCCCUCCUCCUCCUCCUCCUCGGUGGUGGUUGUUGCUGCUGCAAGCUGCUGGUGUUGCCGUGACGAUGAUAUCCUCCCCCUCUUACACACACAUACACACGCAGACCAGGAGGAGAGGAGAGAAGAGGCAGCAAACAAGACGGUGUCAUGACGCGAUGGCUGCAGGCUGGAAAACAGACGCUCCCACUGAUGGCCUGGAAAACAGGGAAUCAGUGGAUUCAUCCUCAGUCCUCUUCAAAUGAAAUCCAUUGAACUGAUUAUACUUGAAUCCUUCCUGAAGGGAACCAAUCUGCUUCUCACCUUCUCCUUUUUGGUGUUUCAAUGGAUAAAUAACCAUCUGGAAUCAUCUGGAUUUACAUGGAAUCCACCUUUAAUCAGGAAUGUGGGACAGAAGACUCUCAGAUCUACAACUUUGAUGUGGAUUAUUGACUAAAACCAAUCAAAACUAAGAUCAGUGCUGAUCUUUUUUAUGUUCAGAAUGUGCCAACAGUUUCUACUGGAGCGUUUUUCUCCCUUCUCCUGCAUGUAAAAUGGAGUAAAAAACAAAAACAGUCGCGGUAAGAAACCAAAGCAACAAACCCUGUGCUUGACGGUGAAGCGUGUUCCCCUGGCUGCGGUGAGGAAGGCGGGGUGUGUUUGGAGGUUCCCCCCCAGCAGGCUGCCGUGUGCAGAUGGAGGCCCACCAACACUCCCCAGAUAGCAGCAGUGAGGAGUGCACCGUCCUGGAGGCUGCGCCCAGCAAGAACAGCUGCCUGCAGCAUGCAGGGAAGGUGGCUGACCUGUACUGCUCGGCCUGUGAGUCUGCCCUGUGUGAGGACUGCUUACCGGCCCAUGAGGAUCACCCCAAGGUGGCGCUCAGCCAGGCUCUGGAGCAGCACCGCAGCCGGCUGCAGGAGAGACUCGGGGCGGUCCAGAACAGACUGCCCCAGAUUUCAGAUGCUCUGUCCCUCGUUACGGAGAUUCUCCAGCAGCUGAACAACCAGAGAGCUUCCAUCGAAGAGGACAUCCAGUCCAGCUUCGAGGACCUGCACAAGCAGCUGGACGUUCGGAAGAGCGUCCUUCUGAUGGAGCUCGAAGUCACAUAUGGGCUCAAACAAAAGGUUCUCCAAGCCCAGAUAGACAACCUCACGCGUGGAGACGGGGAUAUCACGGCCACCUGCACCCAGACGGAGGAAGCUCUGGCUGAGGAGGCGAGCGUGGCGACGCUGGAGGUGGAGCACGAGCUGGAGGAGAGGCUGAAGGAGCUGGCCAUUCUGAGAAUGCCGUGCCAGCCGGAGGAGAACGACCAGCUGGACCUGGUGAUGGAGACAGAUGGACUCAGGAAGUCCAUUCACAACUUGGGGACCAUAGUUACAACCAGCGCUGUGGCAAGUCAGAGUGAAGCCAUGGGCACCGGCUUGGAGCAGUGCAUUGUGGGACAUCCUGCUUCAGUUACUAUAGUAACAAGAGACAAGUCAGGAGGAGCCUGCAAGAGUGGCAAUGCCAUCUUAUCAGCUGAGGUAUUCACCCCCGACGGCAGCAUCGUUGAUGGAGAGAUACUGGACCACAAGAACGGUACAUAUGAGUUCGUCUACACGGUGCCCAAGGAGGGAAACUUUUCUCUGGCUCUCCGUCUGUACGACCAGCACAUCAAAGGAAGUCCCUUCAAACUGACCGUCACCAAGGCGUCCGAGGUAGAGGUCGAGGUGUCUCCAUCCACCACCACAGCAACUAACUCAGUAGCCAAUGCCACCCCGUCCACAGGCUCCUCUGAUGGGACAAAGAGGAGAGGAAAAUCCCCCGGCCAGAAGAAGAAAGGUUCCAAGAGGGCCAGCAGCGCUCUGGGAACCCCACGAAGAAAAACUCAGAAUCCCAUCGAGGACGACCUCAUCUUCAAGAUCGGAACUAAGGGUAGAAACAAGGGUGAGUUCACCAACCUUCAAGGAGUGGCUGCCUCUUCUAGCGGUAGGAUUCUGAUAGCUGACAGCAACAAUCAGUGUGUUCAGAUUUUCUCCAACGAGGGUGAGUUUAAGAGUCGUUUUGGGGUGCGUGGGCGAUCUCCUGGCCAGCUGCAGCGGCCAACAGGGGUCGCUGUGCACCCGAGCGGUGACAUUAUUAUUGCUGACUAUGAUAACAAAUGGGUUAGCAUCUUCACGUGCGAGGGCAAGUUCAAGGCGAAACUUGGCUCAGGGAGACUCAUGGGGCCAAAAGGCGUGUCUGUGGACCAAAAUGGUCAUGUGAUUGUAGUCGACAACAAGGCGUGUACAGUCUUCAUCUUCCAGCUAACCGGCAAGCUAAUUGCUAAGUUUGGGAGUCGGGGGACUGGUGACAAGCAGUUUGCAGGUCCACACUUUGCAGCAGUGAACAAGAAUAAUGAGAUCAUCGUGACAGACUUCCAUAACCACUCUGUCAAGGUUUUUACCACUGAGGGAGAGCUGGUGUUGAAGUUCGGCUCAAACGGGGAAGGAAACGGCCAGUUCAACGCUCCCACUGGUGUAGCUGUGGACGUAAAUGGGAACAUCAUUGUAGCUGACUGGGGCAACAGCAGAAUACAGGUUUUUGAUGGCAGUGGCUCCUUCCUGUCCUACAUCAACACAUCAGCAGACCCGCUGUACGGCCCACAAGGCCUGGCGCUGACCUCGGACGGUCAUGUGGUGGUCGCCGACUCUGGUAACCAUUGCUUCAAGGUCUACCGCUACCUACAAUGAUAAAGACUAGUGAAGAAGUAGGAGCGGAGAACUAGGAGGGCAGUGGUGAGAGUGCAAAGCUAAAGCUCACAAUGUUUAACUCCAUCUAUCCAUUGCAUGAACUUGUCCUGAUGGAUCAACUGAAGGAGAGAAAUGCCAAGGAAAAUGUUCGGCCUCCGUCCUGACAUGACCUGAACUUCAGAGGAGACGUCUGAUCUUGCUGAUCUCUGGAGGAAUGAAGCCAGAACGAAAUAUAAAGGAGAAAUUUUGCCACCUCCAGAAAUUUGUUUCUGCAGUACUUUGCAGCAAUGGAUUCCUGUUUUUAAAGAAAGAUGUCUGCCUUCACCUGAUUGACCAGCCAAGUAUUGAAUACAAGUGGAAAAUUAAUGGUUGCAAGAAAGGAAGAAGACGUGUGUUGGAAACGUUGCAUAUUAAAUCUAUGUUGUGAAUGUUGGAUUGAUGAAAUGUCAGUGGUAUAAAUGCAGAUGUUGAAGUAAUUUGAUGGGAAUGAUUUGAGUUAUUGAUAGGAUAGUUUGACAAUGUUCUGCCUUGAUGUAUUGUAUGUAAAAGACAAAAUAAUGUCUGGUGAGGUAAAAGGGGUCCAGAGCUUUGACUUUUCUCAGUUUAUUGUUUCAUGUCAACUGCUCAGAUUGUCCUUAAGCAAAACAGUCAUCUGUAACUGAUCAAGCUUUCAGUGGAGGCGUGAUGGAAAUGUAAAUAUCUGAGCAAGAUUACGACCCAAUGAAUUCCACUCAAUUUCACUAAAUUAAAGCAUUAUGACAGGAUUAGGGCCACUGUCGAUUAAAAACUAUUAAUAUGGCCAGAGAGCAGAUAAUUUUACAUAUUUACUAGAAACAUGAUGGAUAUUCUCUAAUGUGGAAAAGUGGUAAAGUUGUAAAAUUAAAGGCAAACAAUUAUCAAUAUUAAAACUCAGAAAUUUGAAUGGAAAAUCUCAAAAGUUUUACUAAGGGUAAAAAGGUAAUCCGUCUUUUACGGUAGAGGAACUUUAAAAACAAAAUCCCAAGAAAAAACUAUUAUAGCAAAAUCUAGACUUAUUUUAUGUGACUGAGGUCAAACUGUUCACAGCCAAAUCCUCUCUAACAAUUCUUAUAAUUACCUAUUAUUGUAGUUCAAACACCAAAUAUACCUUAAUAUGCAUUAAUACGCACAGUGGAAACCAUUUCAGCAUUACCGCUGAUGCUAACAUCCAUGGUCUUCAAGGUACAGCUAGCGAAAAUGAUUUGAUUGAUUGGCAGCUUUGCAAACAGUGACAUGUCAGGUAUCAAUAUGUCAACAUAUUUCAAUUCUCCAAGCUCUAUUUUCUUUUGAAUACUUCAAACAUGCUUUACUAAAAUGUCAAAAAAUAGGAAGAUUUCCUGUGAUAUUUCCAUCAAAAAAAUAAAAAAUCCAUAAAAACUGAAGUUUGAAUAGGAAGUCCACUCUAUAAGAGUUUUUUUUUUUUUUCUGUGUGGCCACAGUUCUUUAUUUUAUCAUGUGCAAUGCUCCAUACAGUCAGCAUGCUACAGACCAAUGCCAACAUUAUAACCUCCAUUUUCAAAGUGAUGACUCUGGUUGGGAGGCGUUAAAGGAUCUGGAUUGAUUCCUCCGCCUUGGACCACUUUUAGCUUUUUUGAACAUUGUUUGUACAUAUGGAUUGUUUAAUCAUGGAAUGUUUAUUUCUCCCAUAAGAUUGAAUCCUUUGAAAAUCUUCAACAAUAGAUUCAUCAUUAUAA